AUGCCUAUCCCCCUCACUUAUCCCGGAUUUAAAUGCGUAUUGGAAAACUUGGAAGCGGUUAAGCGAGCACAUAUCAUUGGUCGUGCACCAGGUCUUCGAAAAAUCGAUAAAUUGAUUCCACUUCGUUUGAAGGAUUUCAGUAUUAUCUGUGACGAAAUGACUAUCAACGAUUGGAUAAUUCGAUAUUCUGAUGACGAUGAAGUAAAAUUCGAGAUGAAUGGCAAAACAUUCAGCCGGGUGGGAUCAGCGUGUCUCGAAGACAAAAUGAAGAAAUUGAUCAACUUUUUUUUCUGUGGAAGGAGAAUAAUUCAUGUGGACAAGUUGUGUUGGUUUGACUGUUCGCUCCCAGAAUUCUUGCCGGUCGGUAUGAAAUUCAGAGUGAAUUCUUUGACUGCACCCUUUCUGUUCGAUAACGCAAUUCCACAUAUAGACCCUCGUAGUCUUCCUCUGAAAACUUUGGCUACUGUCGCUAACGCUCCAAUCCUUGACGAUCCAGUUGUUCAGUCAGCGGAAACUCUUCAUCUGAAUCUCGUUUAUUGUCGGAGAGUACCUGUCAGAGACCUUAAGAAACUUAACAACCACACAGUGGUAUUCGAAGACUGUAACUCCUCCAGACUUGAUAUGGUUUCAUUGAUUAAAUAUCACAUUGAAACAAAGAAAAAUAUUAGAACCGCUUUUGUGAUUUCAACAUGUAAUAUAAAUGUUAUCAAGGAGAUGUUCAGUGACUUGGAACUAGCGUUCGGUGGUUUUCAAUGCGAUUUGGAUGAUGUCAAUAAGAGAUUUCUCGUAGGAUCUUCAAAUUUUUCCAUCCCAAUCAACAACGAGUCUGGAAUCCUUGUAUACGCAAUCGAGGAUCCAGAAGAAGAUUGUCCCUAUAAAAUAAUUGUGAAACCAGUGUCUGGAUUAUGA